ACGUAGUCCAGCGGGAUGGAAGCGAUUCCUGCUACGACAAUAUACAUAGCACUAAAAAACAUACCAUACCCAAUCUCUGGACCGGUAAGAAUUUUGAGGACUGACGAGGGUAGGCUUACAUUGGUCCAAGGAUCUCGGGAAAUCGUUGCUCACUACCCAGAAGGAGCAUUGAGGCUAUUGGAAGUGUGUCGGAAGUUCCCCUGUCGCUGGCAUUGUCGUGUUGAAGAAUCAGAAGAAAGCAACUCUCCGGAGCCUGAAACCUUCCUGGAAAUAUCAAUCUCAGCUUCCCCUGAAUUGGUCCAUAGCUUACGAUCCUCCAUAGACAAGGAGCUGGAGUUUAACAAGUACGCAUACAGAUGGAGACCGGACAUAAAAGUCAAAGAUGAUUAUAGUAGGCAGGACACAAUCAGCAGAGUUCAUGAGGAAAACAGCAGCAGCAGCGAUGAGGGAAACACCAGCAGCGAUGAGGGCCCCGGAAACACCAGCAGCGAUGAGGGAAACACCAGCAGCGAUGAGGGGAACACCAGCAGCGAUGAGGGCCCCGGAAACACCAGCAGCGAUGAGGGCCCCGGAAACACCAGCAGCGAUGAGGGAAACACCAGCAGCGAUGAGGGCCCCGGAAACACCAGCAGCAGCGAUGAAGUGUGCGACGAGUGUGGGUUUCUUAUCUUCCGACGAUCAGAAGAUUUAGAUGAAAUGCACCAAAAUAUUAGAGACAACAUGUACAGACAAUGCUUCGCUUGUGGCGAAAGGAACGCACUAUAUAUGUGAUUGAAUUGGGGAUGACUCGGAAGACCUGAGAAU